UGACUCACGCGCGCCCUUUUCAGAGACUUCCAUUAAAUAGCUAAUGAACAGCUGCCCCCAAACCUCCCCUCUCUAUCUAUAUAUCGCUCUCCGGAAACUUCCACCCACAAAACCCGCGUCUGAAACCUCCCCAAAACUGUGUAUAAUAGUUCCAAUCUUCCGUUUUCUUUCUCAGGCCAGACCAGACCAACGACAACAACCAAACAAACACUUCAACCUCAAAUUCCGUGCCCAAUCACAGCAAUAUAUUUCUCUCUCAAUUAUCCCUAAUUCUCUCGGCCCCGGCCAAACCAAAAAAAACAAAUAAACAAGAACUUUAUUCUGAUCGAACCUCCGAGUUCGGUCUCUGGUUCGGAAUCUGAUGCCAGAGAUCGAACAGCCACAAGAACCCCAGCACCAGAAUGUCCUCCCCGCCGACAGCGCGCUGUUCGGGAAGUACGAGGUCGGGAAGCUCCUCGGCUGCGGCGCCUUCGCGAAGGUAUACCAUGCCCGGAACAUCCGCACGGGGCAGAGCGUGGCCAUCAAGGUUAUUAACAAGAAGAAGAUUCUGGCCUCCUCCAACGCCAACCUCGCCCAAAACGUGAAGCGCGAGAUCUCGAUCAUGAAGCGCCUCCGACACCCCAACAUCGUCAAGCUCUACGAGGUCUCCGCCUCCAAAUCCAAGAUCUACUUCGUCAUGGAGUUCGUCAAGGGCGGCGAGCUCUUCGCCAAGGUCGCAAAGGGAAGGUUCUCCGAGGAUCUCAGCCGUCGGUACUUCCGCCAGCUGAUCUCCGCCGUGGGAUACUGCCACUCCCGCGGUGUCUUCCACCGCGACCUCAAGCCGGAGAAUCUCCUCGUCGACGAGCACGGGAAUCUUAAAGUCUCCGAUUUCGGACUCUCCGCCAUCGCGGCCGACCAAAUCCGUGCCGACGGGCUCCUCCAUACGCUCUGUGGGACCCCCGCCUACGUGGCGCCGGAGAUUCUCGCGAAGCGAGGCUACGACGGCGCGAAGGUCGAUGUCUGGUCGUGUGGGGUCAUUCUCUUCGUCUUGACCGCCGGGUAUUUGCCGUUCAACGAUCCCAAUCUGAUGGCCAUGUACAAGAAGAUCUACAAGGGGGAGUACCGGUGCCCCAAAUGGAUGUCGCCGGAUCUGAAAAAGUUCCUCUCUCGCCUUCUGGACACAAUUCCCGAGACGAGGAUCACCGUCGAUGAGAUCCUCCGGGACCCUUGGUUCAGCAAGGGUGGCUUCGAUCAGGGAGCGAUCAAUUUCUACCAUGAUUAUGAUCAGGAGAAAAUUGACGAUGAUAAGGACGAUCGUAAGAUGAGCCUGAACGCGUUCGACAUAAUCUCGUUCUCGUCGGGGCUGGACCUGUCGGGGCUGUUCGAUUCGUCGUACAAUCCGGUCGAGGACGGGCAGCGAUUCGUGUCGAAGGAGUCGCCGGAGGAGAUCCUCGCGAAAGUCGAGGAGUUAGCGAAGGCGGAGAAGCUGACGACGAAGAAGAAGAAGGAAUGGGGGUUGGAGAUCCGGGGGCAGAAUGGUAAUUUAGCAAUCGGGAUCGAAAUCUACGGGUUGGCCGACGGCUUGGUGGUGGUGGAGACGAAGAGGAAAGGCUGUGAUGCCGGACCGUACAAGGAUAUAUGGAGGAACAAGCUCAGGCCAUUGUUGACCGGGUCAACGGUGGAAUCAGAGGCGUCGACUUCUUCUUCAUCACCUCCUCAACAGGUUUCCGAUGAUCAAUAGAUGUUAUUAUGUUUGGUUCAAACUCUUUAUUAAAUUAAUGAUGGUCAAGAUUAAGGUUGUGUAAAGAAAAUGAGGUUCUUGCUGGUGUUUGCUAUACACAUUUUUAUUAAAUUGAUGAUUAUUACAAUUGUCGUAUUUCAUUUCAGAGUUAAAAAAAAAGUGUGUAUGUUUUCUUGCUUUGAGGAAUAAACUUCGUAAAUCUUACUAGUAAAUUAGUUCAGGGCUGGCAUUUGUAGUUCUCCGAGGGGGAAAAAAAAA